CAUUCAAGAAGGUGACAAAAAUAAGGCAAAGCCUGAUGUUGGACAGCCUACUGUCCACAUGGUUGAAGUAAACAAAAACAAUCAAAAUCACAAGGGAAAAGGCAUCAAACGCAAGAAUGAUAGCCGAGACAAACCAAAUAAGAAUCCUAAGGAUCUGGUUUGUUGGAGAUGUCAAAAGACGGGUCUUGUUAAGCGUGAUUGUCGGGUGAAUCUCAAUAAGAAAAAUGCUGCAAAUAGUGGUGGAGGAAACAGUGGUGGUGGAAACAGUGGGCCUAAGGACUCUACUGCAUCUAGAGGAGGAUGAUGACCGUACAUGGUGGGUUGACUCGGGUGCCACAAGUCAUAUGUGUAAAGAUCGUCGAUGGUUCGAGAAAUUGACACCAGUUGAUGAUGGUUCCACGGUGAUGAUGGGUGAUAAGUCGAGUCAACCAAUUUGUGGCUUUGGAGUUGUUAGUCUUACGUUUACUUCGGGAAAAACAAUAAAGUUGUCUGAUGUUUUAUUUGUUCCUAGGCUUAGUAAGAACCUUGUUAGUCUUACGUUUACUUCGGGAAAAACAAUAAAGUUGUCUGAUGUUUUAUUUGUUCCUAGGCUUAGUAAGAACCUUGUUAGUGGUGGUUGUUUAAAUUCUGAUGGCUUUAAGCAAGUCUUUGAAUCGGAUAAAUUUAUUUUAUCUCGAUUUGGCACGUUUGUUGGUUUUGGUUAUUUUACUAAUCGUAUGUUUUGCUUGAAUUUGGUUGAUACUUUAUCUUCUGUUGGAAAUUCUGUGUUUG